CAUUGUUAUUAAAAACACAAUAAUGUGCAAAUUCGAUUAGAUUAUUUUAAAGAAAUAGAGUCCCAGUGUCCUUAAACAAGGACAAAGCAUAACUUAUGAAUACUGUUUUUUUCUUCUUCUCUAUACUAUUUUUCUUUUUCUUCUCUAAGAGACUAAAGCUUUUUACAGUGCACUAUAAAAGUAGUUUUAAUGUGUUAAUUAUGCCUUGUAAUUUACAUUUAUAAUGCAUCCUAUGAGUAAUUAUAGCUACAACUAUAAUGCAUCUGUUCAAUUUUACACCUUUAGAAAGUGAAGUAAAUUUAUUACAACACGUGAUCUUAUAUUAUUCCGCAUUUUAACUUUAGCUACAAGUAUACAUGAAAAGAUACAGUAUUAUGCGUUAGAGGGUGCUUUAAGAAUAACUUUGUAAAGCGUUCUGCAUAAAGACUUAAAGUGUUACCUUUUAAUAACUCUGUAGUUAUUUCCUCAUUUGGAAAGUCACAAAACGCUAACAAAGAUUUUUUUGUCCUUGGCUACUUGUAAUUGGAAAUAUUUUUACCACUUAAAAAAGGGAGGUUUAAUAAAUACAGGCAUUAUAACCAGGGAUGCACCGAUAAUCAUCAGCCGAUGUUUAAUGCUCAUUUUCUCUGUAAAGCCAGUUCUGUAAUCAGCAGGUAAAUUCAAUCCAGUUCAUCAGUGAACAACGGCUCUGUAGUAAACGUGGCUCAGUGUGAAAUCAUGCACUUGAUGGACUUCACCGCCGAUUACAGAACCGGCUUUACUGACAACACGCAAACAUAGAGGCCGAUCAUUAUCGUGCAUCUCAAAUUAUAACAGCAUUGUUCUCGAUAACAUCUGCAUAUUUCUCUACGUACUCUGUAAUGCAGCAUGCGGUAGCUAUUACAAAAUAAAGCAAUAAGAGUGAAAAUUGCGAGCUUGAUUUGAGGGAAAGUUUAAGUCAACAGUAUGCAUAUCUUUUAACGAAAAUGGCUUUAUUCAUUGAGGACAAAGUGCAACUGCCCUCCAUAAUGCAACACGACCUUUGCCCAAAUCCUGUUUUGCACAUAGUCUAUACAUUUGUAGUCAGUUCCCCAAUCACACUGCACUUAUUCAGGAGCAGUGAUACUUCACCAUGUUUUUCGGAACUUUGCUUGUGUUUGUACUGUUGUGUGGAGCAGAAACCGGUCGUGCUGGCAAGGUUUUGGUGUUGCCAGGCGAGUACAGUCACUGGCACAACAUGCGUGCGAUCAUCGACGAGCUAGUGGAUCGUAACCACAGCGUGACGGUUCUGGUCAGUUCUUCAUCACCUACUGUACCACACGCGCGGAAGGAGCGCUUCGAUUACAAAGUGUUUCAAGUGAACAUGAAGAAAAACGAGGCCAAUGCUGUGUGGAGUGACUUCAUUAAUUUGUGGAUGAAGGACUCAGUCACCAAAUAUGAGCAAAUCUCCUUGAUCUGGCGAGUGAUGACCAACUUUAUGGUGCUCGCUGAUGAUAUUUGCAAGGGCAUGCUUCGCAAUGAGGAUCUUUUACACACACUGCGGGAAUCUCAUUAUGAUGUGCUUUUUUCUGAUCCUAUGAUGCCAUGCGCUGACUUGAUGGCACAGACUCUGAAUAUCCCUCAUGUCCUGUCAUUGCGCUUGACAUUUGCGUUUACCUUUGAGCGGCUUUGCGGUCAGAUGCCUGCGCCUCCGUCCUACGUUCCUGCUGUCGCUUUGCAUGACCACCUCACUGACCGUAUGAGCUUCACAGAGAGAGUUGAAAACAUGCUUCUCUACAUCGUUCAUACAACUAUAUUCCGAGUGAACAUGAAACUCACUUUUGAUCAAAUUUACACUGAAAUACAGGGAAAGCCCACGACAAUGUGUGAGACUAUGGGAAAAGCAGACAUCUGGUUGAUCAGAACUUACUGGGAUUUUGAGUAUCCACGCCCACUCCUGCCUAAUUUUAAAUUUGUUGGAGGACUUCACUGCAAACCUGCCAAGCCCCUGCCAAAGGAAAUGGAGGAGUUUGUUCAGAGCUCAGGAGAUCACGGCUUCGUUGUGUUCUCAUUGGGUUCCAUGGUCGGCAACCUGACCAUGGAAAGGGCAAACACUAUUGCUUCUGCUCUUGGCCAGAUCCCACAAAAGGUUGUUUGGCGGUAUAGUGGGAAAACACCAGAAACUCUCGCCCCCAAUACAAGAACCUAUGACUGGAUCCCACAGAAUGAUCUGCUUGGUCAUCCAAAAACAAAGGCCUUCAUCACCCAUGGAGGGACAAAUGGACUGUAUGAGGCUAUUUAUCAUGGUGUCCCAAUGGUGGGUUUACCACUAUUUGCUGACCAGCCUGAUAACCUAAUGCACAUGAAAACCAAAGGAGCUGCUGUUGUUCUUGACAUCAACAAAAUGGAGUCCAAAGACCUAGUGGAUGCUCUCAAGACUGUCUUACAAAAUCCAUCGUUCAAGGAGAGCAUCAUGAGACUGUCCAGAAUCCAUCAUGAUCAGCCAAUGAAGCCUCUGGACCAGGCGGUUUACUGGAUCGAGUUUGUGAUGCGAAAUAAAGGAGCUAAACAUCUCCGAGUUCAGGCACAUAAUCUGAGUUGGUAUCAGUACCACUGCCUGGAUGUAGUAGCCUUCUUACUCUCACUUGUUGCACUGAUCACAUUCCUCUUCAUUAAAUCAUGCUCUUUCCUUUUCCGUAAAUGUUUUAGAAAGAGUCAUCCUGAUGCUAAAGUACAAAAGAGUAAAAAAGAGUGAAUGUAAAGUAGGUUACAAUAGAAGCAUUGUCUGAAGUUACUGUGGUACUUGUCAUUUUUACACGCAUAUGAUGGCCAGUGUGCGUUCCAAUCUGAAUGCUCUUAUUGAAAUGAAUACAUGUGAUUGUUAAUAAUUUUGUGCAGUGAUUACAUAUAAUGACAGAUAUGGAAAAAAACUUGAAUAUAUUACUGUUGUAAUUUAGUUGUAAACGAAAUGUGGUUUUAAAAUCAGUGAGGGUAUUCGCUGGGCCAUUUAUUUACUUUAAUGUCUAUUUAAAUAGCAAUAUGUAAAAUCUAUAGCAAAAUUAGAUCUUGUUUAACUCUACCCAAUGUACAAAUAUGGAAUAUUCUUAAAACUAUAUUGGGUUCCAAGUUCAGCAGAUCAGUCAGAAUCAGAUUUUAGAUAAAUAUUUUGCCUGAAA